GGUCCCUGGGAGCCGCGCGUGCGCAGAGCGAAAGCGGAAUCUACACCUCCGUCCGCGGUAGCAACUGAAGAACUGCUGGAGACAAUCUUUCUGGACUCGGCGCAGGCGGAGGGAGUGCUUGCAGGGGGUUGGCCUGGUGCAAUCCGCACCGUGGGGACGCUGCUGCGCGUGGAAGCUGUUGCUCAGAAGAGAAGAUGUUUGGUUUUCACAAGCCAAAGAUGUACCGAAGUAUAGAGGGUUGCUGUAUCUGCAGAGCCAAGUCCUCCAGUUCACGGUUCACAGACAGCAAACGCUACGAAAAGGACUUCCAGAGCUGUUUUGGGUUGCACGAGACUCGCUCGGGAGACAUCUGCAAUGCCUGUGUGCUGCUUGUGAAAAGAUGGAAGAAGUUGCCGGCGGGAUCAAAAAAAAACUGGAAUCACGUGGUAGAUGCAAGGGCAGGACCCAGUCUGAAGACAACGUUGAAACCAAAGAAAGUGAAAACUCUGUCUGGAAACAGGAUGAAAAGCAACCAGAUCAGUAAAUUGCAGAAGGAGUUUAAACGCCACAAUUCGGAUGCUCACAGCACCACCUCAAGUGCCUCCCCAGCCCAGUCUCCCUGCUACAGUAACCAGUCAGACGACGGCUCAGAUACAGAGAUGGCGUCCAGCUCUAACAGGACUCCAGUGUUUUCCUUCUUAGAUCUUACCUACUGGAAAAGGUAA